GUUCGGGAUCCAAUGCCCGCUGUUUAUUUCUUCCUGAUAGAUGUUUCCAUGAAUGCCAUACAGACUGGUGCAACUGCAGCUGCUUGCAGUGCGAUCAGCCAAGUUAUUUCUGAUCUCCCUGAUGGUCCUCGGACAUUGGUUGGAGUUGCUACAUUCGACUCAACUAUCCACUUUUACAAUCUCAAGCGUGCAUUGCAGCAGCCAUUGAUGCUAAUAGUCCCUGAUGUCCAAGACGUUUACACCCCCCUUCAGACUGAUGUUAUUGUGCAGCUGUCGGAGUGCCGUCAACACCUAGAGCUUCUCCUGGAAAGCAUCCCAACUAUGUUCCAGAACAACAGGACUGCUGAUUCAGCUUUUGGUGCUGCUGUCAAGGCUGCUUUCUUGGCAAUGAAAAGCACUGGAGGCAAACUUCUUGUGUUUCAAUCAGUGCUGCCAUCUACUGGUAUUGGAGCCCUUUCUGCUAGAGAGGCUGAAGGAAGAACCAAUGUAUCAGCUGCAGAAAAGGAGGCUAACAAGUUACUCCAGCCAGCCGACAAAAAUCUGAAGACAAUGGCCAUUGAGUUUGCUGAGUAUCAGGUCUGUGUUGACGUGUUUCUCACAACUCAAUCUUAUGAAGACAUUGCCUCCAUUUCAGUCAUUCCUAGGACCACUGGUGGGCAGGUGUAUUACUAUUUCCCGUUUUCUGCUCUUGCUGAUACUGCCAAGCUAUACAAUGAUCUUCGAUGGAAUAUCACUAGGCCCGAAAGGUUUGAGGCAGUAAUGCGUGUAAGAUGUAGUCAGGGAAUUCAAGUUCAGGAGUACGCUGGCAAUUACUGCAAAAGAAUUCCAACAGAUGUUGAUCUACCUGCG